AUGACUGUAGCUGACGAUGCUGUAACUAUGAACAAGGAGAAAAUGGUAGAGGAGACACCUGCUGAUAUAGAAAGAAAGAGACAACUGAAUAAGGAAAAGACAGCAAAGAAGCGUAAGCUUGCCGCUGAGAAUCCGAUCUAUCAAGAGAUCAAAAGAAGAGAGCUUGCUGAAGGAAAGAAAUCGAGAAGUUGCAAUAGAAAAGAAGAUGAUUUUAGAAAUGUGGACGACAUUCACACAGCUGUUUAUUAUUUUGAAGAUGAUCUUCGUAAAGUAAAGCCUUAUUAUUUUGAAUACAAGUCAUUUGCCAAAGGACGAUGGCUCAAUCGACCUCUUUUGGAAGUAUUUGCAUCCGAAUUUAGAGAUCGCAACGAAGAAUAUUAUAGAUAUGCUAUAGAGAGAGGGCUUCUUACUAUCAAUGACAAACCAGUGACAGCAGAUACGUUGAUAAAGACAUCAGACGUUAUUGGACACAAAAUUCAUCGUCAUGAGCCUCCGUGUACAGAUGAACCUAUAAAGAUUGUUCAUGAAGGGGACGACUUGCUUGUCAUUGAUAAGCCUGGAGGUAUCCCUGUUCAUCCUGCAGGAAGAUUUAGACAUAACACAGUGAUUCAUGUACUGAAAAAGGAACAUAAUAUACCCAAACUGUACCCUGCUAAUAGAUUAGAUUUACCUACAUCUGGAUUGAUGCUAAUUGCCAAGACCCCUGAACGUGCCAAGGAUAUUGAGCGUGAAAUGGUUGGAGGAAAGAUUAGGAAAGAGUAUGUAUGUAGAGUAGAUGGCGAAUUCCCAGAAGGGGAAAUCACUUGUGAUGCACCUAUCAAGUGUAUAUCACACAAGAUGUCUGUCAAUUACGUUCAUGAUGAUGGCAAACCCUCAGUUACUAAAUUUGAGAGACUCAGUUUUAACGGCAAGUCAAGUGUUGUUCGUUGUAGGCCAUUGACUGGACGUACACAUCAAAUUAGGGUUCAUUUGAGAUACUUGGGUUAUCCUAUAUCAAAUGAUCCACUUUACGGUAAUAAAACCACUUGGGCACCAAUGAUACGGCCAGGAGAAAAGAUGACAAGCGAAGAUGCCAGGCUGUUGGUAGACAAACUGUUUGAAUAUUCGCCAAUGGAAGACUGGGGUGAACUCUGCCUUGUACCGAAUGCACAAAAGACACAAGUUGAACUAGAUGACUCAAGAUGCCCAGAGUGCAGUUGCUCUCUUACUUUUGCCAAGAAAUAUGAGCAACUGUGCAUCUAUUUACACGCCUGGCGAUAUGCUAGCGACAACUGGAAUUAUGAAACUGAGCUGCCUUUUUGGGCUAAAGAAGACUUUAAUGAAGACGAUGCACCCUUAAAAUAUCAAACCAUUAUUCCAGAUCAAUAA